AAGCGGAAAAAAAAAAAAGCUCCGACAAAACACGCUCGCCAAACAAAACCCAAGUGGAGGAAAGCGCACCGCCCUGCAGAGCCUGGGCGGUGGAGGCUCCUCUGGCCUCACCCGCAUCCCAGGCCGCGGCGUGAUGCGUACAGACCGGCCUGCGACGCCCGGCCCGCGACUGUCCCCGCACCUGGAUGCCGGCCCCGUGGCCGCGCCCCUGCCGCGCUCGCUCGCCCCCGCGGCUUUCUCCGAGUCUGCCGGCGCCAGCGGGGCAGCUCGCUCUCCAUGGGGCUGAAGGACUGGCUGAGGACCGUGUGCUGCUGCUGCUGCCCGUGCAAGUGCCUGGAGGGGCCUGCCGACUCCGAGAAGGAGCCCUUGGUCAGUGACACCAACCCAUACUCUUCCUUUGGAGCCACUCUGGAGCGGGAGGAUGAAAAGAACUUGUGGAGUAUGCCCCACGACGCGUCCCACACAGAGGCGGACGAUGACAGAAUCCUGUACAAUUUGAUCGUCGUCCGCAAUCAGCAGGCCAGAGACUCAGAGGAAUGGCAGAAACUCAACUACGACAUCUACACCCUGCGACAGAUGCGACGGAAAGUGCGAAACAAAUGGAAACGCAUUUUAGAAGAUUUAGGUUUUCAAAAGGAAGCAGACUCUUUGUUGUCGGUGACGAAACUCAGCACCAUCAGUGAUUCUGAGAACACCAGGAAAGCGCGAGAGAUGUUGUUGAAGCUGGCCGAAGAGACCACGAUUUUUCCAGCAGGGUGGCAGCUCUCGGAGAGGUAUCUCUUUGUUGUGGACCGUCUCAUUGCUCUCGACGCUGCAGAAGAGUUCUUUAAAACCGCCUGCCGAACUUACCCCAGGAAGCCUGGGGGGCCGUGCCUGGCGGAUGACCAGAAAGAACUGCACCGCCUUCCAAGUCCCUAGAGGAGAGGCUGGGAGGCAGAGCUGGAAUUCUUCCACUGGGACUCCAACGGCCAACCAGACCCGGACUGAUGAGAGUAGAUAAGAGAGGGCAAGUAGAGGGCUAAGUGAAAAACAAUUCUGAAUCCUACCAAAAUCCGAGGAUUUGGAUAUCUGGUCUUCACGAGGACCUUAUUCUGUGAGAUGUUCAGGCUGCAUGACAGCACCCUGGUGGUGCAAUUCUUGCAUCAAAGAGUUGGUCGAUGGGAUAUUUCAUCACGCAUGGUUGGAUUCCAAGAACCCAUUGGCCUCAUUCUGGUUUGGGUUGUGUGAUAAGCCUUAAUCGUUAAUCCUAUUGGGAGAAUGGGAUAGUCUGGUUAGUAAAAUGGCAAGAUUAGUGGAGAGAGCUCUCACUGAGCUCAAUAUGGAUUACCAGUUUUAGAAUAAUCGUUAUACAUAUAGGCUAAUAUGUACCAAAAUAGUACCGGGCACUAUGUGACCAUUCUUUAAUUUGGAAAAAAAACCUAUAGAACCUGGGAGAGUGUCAGAGGCAUCGUUUUAAGUAUCAGUUGUAGUAAUUUAGAAAUACAGAUGUACCAGGUAAUAGCAGUGUCUAAGAGGGCUUCCCAGACACAAGUUCCAGACAGAAUGAUCCCAAGCAGAACAUCCUACAGCUGCAUGUAAAAAACUCUGCCCCCAGUUAUGGUACACACCUCUGAAAUCCCCAGCACGGUUGGUGUCUGGUUACCUCCUCUUUGCACACUCUCCACUUCCAAUCCAAAAGCUCUUGAUAUUUUAUCCAGGAUAAAAUCUAUAAACAGAAACAUUUGGCCUCUCCUUCCUGCAAAAGUUACUUGCCCUUUAAGCAAGGAGCUUGCCAAGAAAUCAGGGUUCAUUUUAUGGAACAGACUUUCAGAACUUGAAAGGUUCAUGAGUAGAUUGCUGAGAACAAUGGCAAUACUGUCACUUUUGCAGAUUUUGCUCUUCUGACUGUAGGCUAAAAUGUAACUGUUUGUAGUCUGACCCAGGGAGCCAUGACUUGAAAAUGCCCAUACCCUGAAUACUUUCUCUGGUAGUGUAUGCAAUGUUUAAAUUAUUUGUUAGAGGAGACACAUGUUCUCUCUUAUUAAUGAAUUGCAGACUAAUUUAACCGAUUCCGUUAGAAAAUUUUCCCCUAGUUUCACAAUAAGCUAAAAGCCUUAUUAUUUUUUUAAAUAUUUAGUGCCUAAUCCCUUUCAUGUGGUUUAAAAUUAGCCUGAAGAUAUUUUCCCUCCCUUCGCUGGGCUCUUGCAAGGUAAACAUACAAACAGCUAAACGGACAAAAUCAAAAACAAACAAUAAAAUAAAUUUAAAAAAAAAGAAAAAGCAUUGUUUUUUUCUCCUCGGAGUUUGUGUUUUGUCUUUGUGUUUGUGUUCAGUGUCAAAAUAGAUGAGGUUGUUUGCAUCUGCGGAGAUGGAAGUGUAACCGUAGUCUUUAUUUUGGGUAAUGAAUGACUAAGGAUAGUAUCGUCGCUAUGGUUAUA